AUGGAAAGGUCAAAAGCAGUAGUAAUGACGGAGGAGGGAAAAUCAGAAGAGUUUAAAUUUAAUAAAGGAGUAAGGCCUCCUGGUCUCCUGACUCUUUCGGCAACGUUAUUUAUUCUGGUUCUAUCUUCAGUAUCCAACGUUAAUUUAACUUCGCACAGGACGCAACUGUCCAAGGCCAUUACGAAACGUGACCUUGGAUCUUUUGCGGAUCAACUUAAUACUGUUGCUAGACAAUUAAGCGAUCCGAUCGUUUGCAGAAAAAUAGACAAUAUUGCAUAUAUGGUCAGAAAGGCGGUUCAAACUGAAAUGCAAAAAUUGGUGGAUAUAAGAAACAGAAUGAUCUUUAAAAUUACUGCUUUGGAAGUUUUGUUGGUGCCUUUAAAUAAGCAGGCAAAUCAAUCAUUAUCACAUUUAAAGACUAUACAGUUUUUUUUAGAUAAUCAAGGAUGGCAAAUUGCUGAUAAGACUGGCAAACAAUUUACUGCACGAAUCGAGUCUUACUUAGAAGAUUUGUAUAAUCAUGUUAACGAAAAAUUAACGAAGCAGAUCGGAAAAUGCAGGCCUUUGUGGGAUAUUUUCUAUUUGUCUAGGCACUACCUUUGCCAACAAAUUAUUGAUCCAUUGGUGGAAACCACAGCUGAUAAAGAACAAUGGGCAACUGUAGUAAAGAAGAAAGGUAAACAUCUUGAUAAAACACAAAGACCAGAACCAGUAAGAGGAAAUGCAAAAGAAACUAAAGAGUUAGCUGUAGCCAAAACUAAUAAUAAAACAUGGAUAUUUAUAUCAGGAUUUGCAACUGAAGAAAAUAUUACAAGUUAUCUAGAAAACCACAAAAUCGUAGAAACUAAUGGAAUUUCUUUUUCAUGCUUUUUCCUAAUUUUAUUGUUCAUCAUCGUUACGCCGGUCGUCAUCAAACUGGUGGAAUUCUAUAGAGAAGAUAAUAAUGCGAACGUGCUUACGUCAAUUUCACACAGGCGUAAUGUUGAUGAAGUCACUUGGGCCUCCCCAGCAUCGCAAAGUCCUGAAGGUCCAUUAUCAGGAAGGGGUCGGGAUCAACAGACCAGUUGGGUCAGCCCUAGACGGCCUUCUCUGCCUUUGAUACCCACUCCAUCCAGGCAAACGAACUUUACAGCCUUUACAGCCCACUCCAUCCAGCAAAUUUUCUUCGUUCUUAACAAGGAUAGGCAGUUCUAGG